AUGGAGAGGUGCUCACUGGAGGGUAGGUAUGGCGCGACGACGUUUCAUCCCAUGGGGCAUAUUAUACGGCGGUACUCGCAUGAGGAUGAUUUGAAAGCUACCGAAGGGAAACGAGAUGAUGAGAUUGUGAAGCUGGAGGCGCCGGCGACUUUUGCACAUACCUAUCGUAUAGAGGCGCCUGUUCUCUCCUCAAGCGUAUGCUCGACAAUUGGACAGACCGCAAGCUGGCUGCUGAAGUCUGAGAGAAAGCCCAGGAAUACCGCUGGGCCAUCAUCAAUGCCUGUCUGCGACGCAGCCACAGUCCCCGACUCCGAUCUCCGUCCCAUCCCCAUCAUCACGCCAGCUGGCGCAUACAGAGAUACCGAAGAAGCCCGAGGAGAAAUCUGGCAGCUCGCUUACAAUCCGCGGCAGAAAUGGUACUGGGUCAACAACAUGCAGCUGGAUGAGUUUUUCUUCAUUAAGUGCUUUGAUUCUGCUAUGAAUGGGAGGGCGAGGAGGGCGCCGCAUAGUGCGAUCCAGAUGCCGACGGACAAUGGACUGAAUAGGGAGAGUCUUGAAGUUAGGUGCGUUGUGUUUUGGGAAGGAACUGGGCUGGAGGGAGAUGGAUUUGGGAAGGAGGCGGGAAGGGCGAGGUUGUGA